UCCGGUGAAGGGAACACGAUAAAACAACAUGCUACUCUAUCUGUUCGUGUAAUACUUAUGUUGUUUGAGUGAGAACGUGUCCAUGUUUUAAGUAUUUUACUUGUAUACUUCGUCAACAUAUUAUCAAUUCAGAUCUCGGUUCAUCGGAAACGUUGUUAAGAUGCCUAUCCUGUGCAGUAAUUGUAUUGACAAGCGGGCUGUGCUGAAGCGUCCAAAAACAGGCCACUCACUGUGCAAAGAGUGCUUCUUCUGGGCCUUUGAGGAGGAGGUGCAUCAGACGAUCGUGGCAGCAAAGCUGUUCAAACAUGGGGAGAUAGUGGGAAUUGCUGCCUCGGGUGGAAAGGACUCCACAGUGCUUGCACAUUUAAUGAAGCUCUUAAAUGAGCGAUAUAACUAUGGUCUUGAACUUAUGCUUCUCUCAGUGGAUGAGGGAAUAUCUGGUUACCGAGAUGACUCCUUGGAGACCGUAAAGAGGAAUCAGCAACAGUAUGAGUUGCCAUUGAAGAUUGUGUCAUACGAGGAGCUGUAUGGCUGGACUAUGGAUGCUAUUGUGAAGCAGGUGGGACUGAAAAAUAACUGCACCUUCUGUGGAGUGUUCAGAAGACAGGCGCUAGACAGAGGGGCAAUCAUGUUGAAAGUAGACAAGAUAUGUACAGGUCACAAUGCUGAUGACGUGGCAGAGACCGUUUUGAUGAACGUCUUGCGAGGGGACAUCGCUCGUCUGCGCCGAUGCACUGCCAUCUCCACAGCCAGCGAAGGUGAAGGCGUUGUGCCACGCUGCAAGCCCCUCAAAUAUGCGUAUGAGAAAGAGAUUGUUCUGUAUGCAUACUUUAAGAAGUUGGACUACUUUUCCACUGAAUGUAUCUACUCUCCCAAUGCUUAUCGUGGCUACGCAAGGACCUUUUUAAAGGACCUGGAGAGCGUAAGGCCGAGCUCCAUAAUGGAUAUCGUUCACUCAGGGGAGAACCUGUCCGUGCGUGAAGGGGUGAAGAUGCCUGUCCAGGGGACCUGCAACCAAUGUGGCUACAUCUCCAGCCAGGCUCUGUGUAAGUCAUGUGUGCUGCUGGAGGGGCUGAACCGAGGUCUGCCGAAGCUGGGCAUUGGCAAACACCACCGCCUGCAUGACAAAAUCCUCUCCAAGCAGCCCCUGACUGAGAAGGAGGAGAGAAAGCUGAAAGCAGUACACUUUUGAGAAUUCUAAUCCUGUUUUAUUUACCACAAGACGAGACGUGUAACAUUUUAAAAGUUGCCAUGGAAUGUUUUAAUAAGAAAAACUGAGAAACUCAGCAGGGAAGCUUUUUCACAUCAUAGAACGUCCAUUCACUGCUGUCUUGCAGCUGAUAACCAGAGGCCACUGAGACACUAUGUAGACAUACUUUCCAAUGGUUUUAAGAAAGGUAAUAUUCUAUAAUAACAUUUUCAAUAAUAGAUUAAUGUAGUACACACAUUAUGACCAGAGAAGAUUACAUUUUUUACAGAGUUCCAUGAUUAGCUUUUCAGGUUACUUUUACCAUGGAAUUAUUAAACAUUAGCUAUCGGCAUCACUUCGAUUUCCAAAUUCUUACAUGCUGAAAAGAAAUGUGUGUACACUUACUAUGAAGUGCAGAAACGAGCUCUUGCAAUUUUAGUUUUUAUUUAUUUAAAGUGAGAUGGUGUGAAUGUUUCCACAGCAAUGGAAUUUCACUGAUGGCACGUUUCAUUUUGUAAUUUAUUUUAUGUUCCAAUGCACCAAUCUCGAUGGAGGAUAUGGUGACAAAGUGCCACAAUUGAAUAAAUACAGUAUCACAUAUCA